UCCAUGUAGCCACCUGAGAACUGGAUUGCAACCACACAUAAAUUACACCAAUGCUUUCAGAGAUAAGGCCUUCAUCGUGGUCGUGGUGGAGAAACAGAAAGAGACUACCAGCUCCCAGUGCACCUCUGGAUCAGAUAUUUUGCUCUCUUGUCUUGCUGUUUGGUGAGAUCUGGUUCUGAUCUCUCUUGUAUUACAACACUUCUCCAGUCUUCCUCGUCGGCAACCUUGUAUUACCGUCGCCGCCGUGGUGGCUCCAGCAACGAUUCUGUCCUUCACUCCUUCACCUCUCAGCCAAGAUCUUUGUGUUCGCAGUGCAAAAGCCAUUUCCCAAUCCCCAACGAACAGUUCCCUGUGAUUCCAUGACUGGGGUGGCGCUGGCUGGCUUAAAGUUAGCAGCAUCGCCAAUCCUGAAGAGGCUCCUCGCUGAUGCUUCAAUGUUCCUUGGAGUGGACAUGGCAAGUGAGCUCCAUGAACUGGAGACCACAAUUAUGCCGCAGUUCGAGCUGAUGGUUGAAGCAGCUAACAAAGGCAACCACAUGGUCAAGUUGGACAAAUGGGUCCAAGAGCUCAAAGAAGCCUUCUACAAGGCUGAGGAUCUGCUGGACAUGCAUGAGUAUGACCUCCUUGAGCGCAAAGCAAAGAAUGGGGGAGAUUGCCCACCACCGUGUGCCUCAUCCAUCAGCACUAUUUUGAAGCCUCUGCGUGCUGCAUCUAACAGAUUAUCCAAUGUUCGCCCAAAGAACAAGAAGCUACUUUUCCAGCUGAAUGAAUUGAAGGCCAUUCUAGCGAAAGGGAAGGGGUUCUCUGAGCUUCUUUGUUUACCAGGUGGUAACAGUGCAGAGAGGCCCAUUAUUCCUCAGGCCACAUCAUUACCACCUCUGAAAGUAAUAGGUCGUGACAAGGAUCGCGAUGAUAUAAUAAACCUUCUUACCGAGCCGGUUGCUGUUGAAGCUAAUUCAGCUGUAUAUGCGGGUUUGGCCAUUGUCGGAGCAGGAGGUAUGGGAAAAUCCACCUUGGCACAACAUGUUUACAAUGACAAGAGGGUGCAAGAACAUUUUGAUGUCAGGAUGUGGGUGUGCAUCUCACGCAAACUUGAUGUCCAUCGUCAUACACGGGAGAUAAUCGAAUCCGCAGCUAAGAGGGAGUGCCCACAUCUUGAUAAUCUGGAUACUCUCCACUGCCAAUUAAGGGACAUACUGCAGAAGUCUGAGAAAUUCUUGCUUGUAUUGGAUGAUGUUUGGUUUGAUGAUUCGAGUAGUCAGAUGGAAUGGGACCAACUGCUAGCUCCCCUAGUUUCUCAGCACAAGGGAAGCAAAGUUUUGGUAACUUCUCGACAGGAUACAUUUCCUUCCGCUCUUUACUGUGAAAAGGUGCUCCGCUUGGAAAGCAUGGAAGAUACUCAGUUCUUGGCACUCUUCAAAUACUAUGCCUUCACUGGAGCACAAAUUGGAGACCCUCCGUUGCUUGAAAGGCUAGAAGCGAUUGCAGAGGAGAUAGCUAAAAGGCUUGGACAGUCUCCUUUGGCUGCAAAAGUUGUUGGUUCCCAGUUGAAAGGGAAAAUGAAUAUCUCUGCCUGGAAAGAUGCUCUGACUUUAAAGAUUGACAACUUAAGUGAGCCUAGAAUGGCUCUGUUGUGGAGUUAUCAGAAGUUAGAUCCACGUCUGCAGAGGUGCUUUGUAUAUUGUAGUUUGUUUCCAAAAGGGCACAGGUAUAACACUGAUGAGUUGGUUCACCUGCUGAUAGCGGAGGGGCUUGUUGAUCCGUGCAACCAGAACAGGAAAAUGGUAGAUGUUGGAAAGGAUUACCUCAAUGAGAUGGUUUCUGGGUCUUUCUUGCAACCAUUUUCUGAAAGAUUUUUGGACACAUCCUACAUUAUGCAUGAUCUUCUUCAUGAUUUGGCAGAGUCGCUCUCUAAAGAAGACUGUUUCAGAUUAGAAGAUGAUAAGGUGACAGAAAUACCAUGCACCGUCCGUCGUCUGUCUGUUCGUGUUGAGAGCAUGAAACAACAUCAGCUCAGUAUCUGCAAGCUACAUCAUUUGCGCACUGUUAUCUGCAUUGACCCACUUACAGAUGAUGUGAGUGAUGUUUUUAGUCAGGUACUUCAAAACUUGAAGAAGUUACGUGUACUCUAUUUGUGCUUCUACAAUAGUAACAAGCUACCCAAAUCUGUGGGUAAGCUGAAACACCUUCGGUAUUUAAACCUCAUUAAAACUUCCAUUGUCGAAUUGCCUGGAUCAUUAUGUGCUCUUUACCACCUACAGUUACUCCUGUUGAACCAUAAAGUUACGAGUUUGCCUCACAAACUAUGUAAAUUAAGCAAGUUACGGCAUCUUGAAGGGUAUCGUGAUCUGGGAUAUAGGAUGUAUGAAGUAGCUCUGCCUCAAAUCCCUUAUAUAGGCAAGCUAACUUUGCUCCAGCAUGUUGAAGAUUUUUGUGUGCAAAAGCAGAAGGGGUAUGAGUUGCGGCAGCUCAGAGACAUGAAAGAGCUUGGUGGCAGUUUAAGAGUCAGAAAUCUCGAGAAUGUUACUGGAAAGAAUGAAGCCUUAGAGUUGAAGCUAUAUCAGAAAAGUCAUCUUAGAAGCUUGGCCCUUGUCUGGAGUUGCAAUAAUGGCAAGAAUGCAGAUGACAGUUUACAGUUGGAGAUUCUAGAAGGUUUGAUGCCACCGCCUCAACUGAAAGGCCUCGAGAUCAAGGGUUACAAAUCUGCCACGUAUCCAAGUUGGUUACUUGAGGGUUCAUAUUUUGAGAAUUUGGAAUCUUUUAAGCUUGUCGAUUGCAGUGCCUUAGAAGGCCUGCCACUCAAUACUGAGCUCUUCAGGCAUUGCUCAAAACUAGAGCUCGAGAAUGUCUCGACUCUGAAAACGUUAUCGUGUCUUCCAGCAGCCCUUACAUGCUUAUCAAUUAGCAGUUGCCCACUGCUUAUAUUUAUUACCAGUGAUGAGCUAGAACAGCAUGAUCAGAUGGAAAACAUCAUGAGAACAGACCACUUGGCAUCACAACUUGCUUCGAUAUGGGAGGUGGAUUCUGAAUCGGAAAUUAAGGAAGUAUUAUUGUCAGAACAUUCAUCUCUGAAGCAAAUGAUGACAUUAAUGGAUGCUGACAUGUCACAUCUUCAAACGAUUGCAUGUGCUGUAGAAAGAGAGCACGGUGAGUUAGUUCUGGAAGAUGAUAUCAUUAAGGCAUGGAUAUGUUGCCACGAGCAGAGGAUGAGAUUCAUUUAUGGUAGAAGCAUCAACUUGCCGUUGGUUCCACCAUCAGGUCUUCGCGCACUUCGUCUUUCUUCAUGCAGUGUUACAGAUGAGGCAUUAGCUGUUUGCCUUGGUGGUCUCACGUCACUGAGAAGUUUGUUCUUAAUGUAGAUCAUGACUUUAACUACACUUCCGUCACAAGCGGUCUUCCAACAUUUGACAAAGCUGGACUUUUUGUUCAUCAGAUAUUGCUGGUGUUUCAAGUCAUUAGGAGGCUUACGAUCUGCUACCUCUCUUUCAGAAGUUAGAUUGAUUUCCUGCCCUUCUUUAGAUUUGACACAUGGAGCAGGUUUAUUGCCGUCGUCUCUUGAGGAGCUCUGUAUAUACCAGUGCAUGGUUGCAGAUAAUUUCUUCAGUAGUGACUUGCCGCACCUGAAAAGUCUUAGCAUGUUUGGCUGUAGAAGCUCCACUUCCUUGUCUAUCGGUCAUCUGACUUCCCUUGUAUCCUUAUCAGUGGGAGGUUUCCCUGAUCUGUGCUUUCUUGAAGGCUUGCCAUUCUUGCAACUUCACCACGUACAUUUGACAGAUGUCCCGAAGCUCGUUGCGAACUGCAUUUCACAGUUUCGGGUGCAGCAAUCACUCUAUGUUAGCAGCCUCGUGAUGCUCAACCACAUGCUCUGGGAUGAAGGUUUUACAGUUCCACAAUUUCUGUCUCUCGAAGGAUGCAAGGAAUCAUCCGUUUCAUUUGAAGAAUCUGCAAAAUUCACAUCCGUCAAGUGCCUUAGAUUAUGUCGGUGUGAAAUGAGGUCCCUACCAGGAAAUCUGAAGUGCUUCUCUAGUCUGAGGACACUCGAUAUCUAUGACUGCCCCAACAUAUCAUCUUUAUCAGAUCUGCCAUCCUCCAUCCAACAUAUAUGUGUUUGGCGUUGUGAACGCUUGAACGAGAGCUGCCAAGCGCCUGACGGAGAAAGCUGGCCAAAGAUUGCGCAUAUCCGCUGGAAGGAUUUCAGAUGAACUGUUGUUCGGAUAUGCAACUUCCAAAUAAAUGGAAAGUAGGUGCGAGAUCUAUCCCCUCCGGUGACCAUGUCCACUGCGUGUCAAGAGUUGGAGUGCCUCAAGCUCACCCACCCUGCAACUCUCUCGCCUCUCGGCAUUGCCACUACUGUCGACCCCUCAGGAUCCCUUCUACGUUGAUUACUGAAUGCAUCAUUCUUCCAGUUUCUCCACCCCCUGGACUGAGACAUGCAUCUAAAUUUGAAUCUUGUUCUACAGUUAUUGCCGUUGUGUUGUUAUCCUGUCUUAGAAGUGUUGCUUCUGAUUGGUGAUGCUUGGACUAGCAGUUAUCCCUUGUGUGCUGACAUGCACUUGGAUGGUUGUAACAGUUAUCUAUCCCUUGUUAGCUGAGAUUCACUUAGAUAUCCCAUGUACUUCUGGAGGGCCUCUUUGUCAAGACUGAGCGAAUAGUUGAAUAUACGCUCACUUUGAAGAUGAGAACUGUGAAGUCUGAAGAAGUUGCUAGCGCCAACCAAUUCAGACUCACAACUAUGAAGAUAAAGGCCCAACAUCUUUCCCCUCCAGUGACCUCGCCUCCACCUGCUGCUUGUCAAGUUGAGUGGAGUGCCUCGAUCUCACUUGCACUUCAGCUCUCUCUGUCGCCUUGAUCGAUUGCUGCAUGCAUUGCUCUUCCGACCUGAACUGCUCCACCACCAGUGAUGCAACGCUUGUCUAAACUUGAAUAUCUGUUCUACAGUUAUUGUUGUUAAUUUGUUAUCCUGUCUUGGCGUGUUACUUUUGAUUGGUGAUGCUUGUAAAAGUUACCCCUUGUGAACUGAGAUGUACUAGCAUUCAAUAAUUUCAU